AUGCGCACCUCCUUCAUCGGUAGCCUUCUUCUUCUGGCUGUCUCCCCUCUAUCUGCCCUCGCGCUUCCCGUGGACCCCAAUGAUGUGGCCGGUCAGUGGGAUCCCAGUGGACAGUACCGAAAGGGUCAGUGGCAGCAUGGCGUGUUCGUUGCCAACAAUGGCGAGAACCAAAAUGACCAGUGGCACAACAACAACAACAACAACAACAACAACCAGAAUGGUCAAUACAACCCAGACCAAAAUGGUUGGACCGAUGCCAACGGCCAAUGGCACACGAAUAACCAAAACGUUCAGACUGGUCAGAGCGGUCAGAAUGGACAAAGCGGCUGGACUGAUGAGAAGGGCCAGUGGCACGCCAACAACCAAAUCAAUCAGAACAAUCAGAAUGGCUGGACUGAUGAGAAGGGCCAGUGGCACGCCAAUAACCAAGACAACCAAAACAACCAGAAUGGCUGGACCGAUGCCAACGGCCAGUGGCACGCAAACCAGAAGCGCCAGGCUAUCCCCGCUCAGGCAAACCCAGCCACCGCUCAGAAUGACCGUCUGAACGAAGCUGGCAACAACAAAGCCAACAACGCCCAGGUUACUCCCAGCUCUGCAAACGACCGCUACCAGAGCUAUGGUAACUACAAGAACUAUGGUUCUUACCAGAACUACCCCGUCAAUGGACAGAAUCAGGCCCAAAACAAGGAUACCAAGGCUAUCACUGGUCAGCAAGAGUAA